GCUCCGGAUUUACUACAAUAUCUCGCUAAAGAAGACGGACGCGUCGUCACAUACCAACAGCGCUAACAAAAGUGAAGUUUUCCUUCUUUGAGAACAAGUAUCGGAUGACAUCUUGAAACAUUGCCGCUCUAGUGGUGACCACAGAUAACCUUUUACCGUCUAUGCAGAAAGAACCAGAAACUCCCCGGAUGAUAACGACAAGGCCUUCAGCAGAUGUCAACUUCCACGUGUAAAAGCACUCUACUAGCUUCUAUACCUAGCUAAUAACUAAGAUUAAACAAGCCAUGUUUGGUUCUUCGAGAUCUGGGGGUGUCAGAGGUGGCCAAGACCAAUUCAAUUGGGAUGAUGUUAAAACCGAUAAACACAGAGAGAACUACUUGGGGAAUUCUCUUAUGGCACCUGUUGGUCGAUGGCAGAAAGGAAAAGACCUGACAUGGUAUGCUAAAGAUAAAAAGAGUGGGGCCCCUCUAACCAAAGAACAGGAACUUGCUGCUGUAAGGGAGGCUGAAAAGGAGGCAAUGAUGGCAGCAUUGGGGCACAAGGUUGUGAAGAAACAACCAACUGGUCUUACUAAAGAGGACUUGGCAGACGUGUGCAAAAGAGAGGGGGGAGAUGGAGAUGAGAAGGAUGUGGAUCGAGUCUCUGGGCUUGGGAGCUCCAGUGUCGGGUCAAGAAAUAUGGUAUUCUCCCAACAAGAGAAAGAGGCAGCAAAGCUGGGACUCUCUGUCUUCACGCAUCAAAAAUCUGAUGGACCUCAAGUAGCCUCUUCAAAAAAGACUACAGACGGAACUCAGGAUCGAGACGAUUCAGAACAAAGGCAUGAGAGUCGAAAAAAGGAGAAAAAGAAGAAAAAGGAGAAGAAGAAGAAAAAAGAGAAGAAGAAGCGCCACAGACGAGACUCAUCCUCCUCUAUCUCCAACUCAGACGAUGACUAUAAGAGGCGGAGAAAGGACCACCAUAGUCAUAAUCCAUCAUGGAGCAGUCAGAGUGGAGCCAGGCCCCAUGACAGCCAUUUAGGAAGGGGGGCAAAGGGCGAGUGCCCCCCCCACUCCCCUCCCAGCCGGCGACGCCAGCGGCGGCAUGACUCCGAGUCCUCGUCUGACGGGGGGUCUUGCCACCCUCACCGCAGUGCCAAGCGCAGGUCCCCCCCAGCAUCCCAAGCACAAUGCCUUCGGUGGCGCCAUGAUACGGACUCAGACGACUAAUGCCCCUGUCAACUUUACACACACACACACCCUCCGUACUCUACUCACCAAUAUAGAAAUGCAGAGAGAAAGACUGCAACAAGAUGCUUUUAACUAUGCUCUUUCUCAGAGACAUACAGCAAGUCGGGCAAGUUGGCUCUACUCAAAGAUCUACUACCCAUCAUGUCAACAUACAGACACUGUGGAAACGGCUAUGGUCAGGUGUGUAGUUAUCAGAUGUCACAGUGACCGAGCUCUGCCUCAUUGUGGCUGCUGAUGAGGUCUUCACUGUGGCAGUAAAGUUGAGCAAAAAAGGAUGAAAGCCAGUAAAUGCAAGCCUCUGGGAAUUUUUAAUUGUGUAAUGUUUUUAUGUAGGACUACCACAGAUUGAAUAGGAAGUACAAUUUUUUUUUUUUUUUUUUUUUUUUUUGACCUCAUAAAACAAUUGUUAUACCAAAAUUGUAGAUGUGUAUUAAAAUCGGAAGGUUGGAAGCAUG